UAACGUCACGUCGGUGGCGGUGGUCUGUGCUCAGUGAUCGCACUCAGAAGGAGCCGACUGACAACAGCAGCUCUGCUCCACAAAAACACACUAGCCUCCACUUAGCUGCCGCAGAGGACGCGUGGAUUUACAAAACUACUACAUCGACCAUGGACUGAGUUGGCUGCAGGCAGGAGCGAGAAAAGGUGAAAUUCUUUUAUCUCAUGUUCAGAAGUGAUUUUCUCUAGAGGUGGUGAUCACUAUGGGGUAAGAGAGGGGAGAGAAGAUUGAUCAGGAAACAAGCCAAGGACGCACCCCCUCUUCCGCAGGUGGUGCAAGGUGCAGGUCCCUGUCAUGGCGCUACGGGUGAGGCUCAAGGUUGUGGUGACUGUGAUGAUGGUCAACCUGUUCAUUUUUAUUAUCAUCUCUCGACACCACAGCCAGGACAAAAACAGGUCAAAGAUUGUUAUCCCAUCCAAACCAUUUUGGAACAAGCUGGUUCCUCAUACUGCAUAUUGGAACUGGCAGCAGCAGAUCCUGGAUAUUCAUAACAACCCUGUCAUUUUGGCUAAUUCCACUCUGCCAGAGUUACCAGGAUGGCUCAAUGACACCAGAGCUGGUUCUGACCCCUGCCAGCCUGACCUCAGUGUCACCACUAAAAUAAAGGACUACAACUCUCUACCACAGCGCUUUAAGGACUUCCUUAUUUACAUGCGCUGUCGCUCAUACCCUCUUAAGGUGGACCAGCCAGACAUUUGUAAGGAGCCCCCAUUCCUGCUGUUGGCCAUUAAGUCUCUGGCUCCACACUUUGACAGGCGCCAGGCCAUCCGAGAGUCCUGGGGGCGGGCGGGCUCUUUGGGGAAUCACACCAUCAUCACAGUCUUCCUACUGGGCAAUGCCACUGCAGAAGACCACCACCCAGACCUGUCCGCAAUGCUGCAGUACGAGAGUCAGUGUCACAAGGACAUCAUUCAGUGGGACUAUAGAGACUCCUUCUUUAAUCUUACAGUCAAAGAAAUUUUAUUCUUAGAGUGGAUUCAAACUCGUUGCUCAGGUGCACGCUUCAUUUUCAAAGGUGAUGAUGAUGUGUUUGUUAACACUUAUCGCAUCCUGAAAUUCCUCAAAGACCUUCCAGAGUCCAAGGCCAAAGACCUCUUUAUAGGGGAUGUGAUCUUAAAUGCAGGGCCACACAGAGACAAAAAGGUCAAAUACUUUAUCCCAGAGAGCAUCUAUGUGGGCAUGUACCCACCGUACGCUGGGGGGGGGGGCUACCUCUACUCUGGGGACAUUGCUGCUCGCCUACACAAUGUGUCACAGCAUGUGGCACUGUAUCCCAUUGACGAUGUGUACACAGGCAUGUGCCUCAGGAAGCUAGGGCUGUCCCCAGAGAAGCAUAAAGGCUUUAGGACAUUUAACAUUGAAGAGAAAUACAGAUCAAACCCCUGUGCGUACAACAGCUUAAUGCUGGUUCACCCCAGGACCCCACAGGAGAUGAUCCAAAUCUGGGCCUGGCUCAGCAGCCCCAACCUGACCUGUCAGUGAUGUCUGCAGAAAGCCCAGCCUAAGGAUGGGGAAAAAAUAAGACUAUGGGGACCUUUGCCUGAAGGUCAAGGUCAAGUGAUAUUAUUUAUUUUUAAAGGUGGCAGCUGUACGUUUGGCUGUUAUUGUGAUACCAUACAGCCUUGAAGCAAUGCUAGUGAUACAUUGUGCAGGCAACAUAGUAUUUUCUUUCACAAAAUCUGAGCUGUGCUAACUCUGCUUUGCUUUAGAAUGGGCUGUACCAGACUUGUUACAUUGAUCAUUGUGUGUGUGCACAUAUUUAUACAAUAACUAUUUAUAUAACCCUUACAAAGCUUUAACACUGUGUGUCAGCUCAUUGAAGAGCCUCUAAAUGCUGUAUUAUGAAAACAAGUGGCCCAAACUGAGGCAGUAUUCUCUUUGGAUUUCAGUAUAAGGUUUUAGACAUAAAAUUGUAUACGCAUUGUAAGUAUUGUCUUCAGUUGAAGACUUGUGAACAUUGAAAACCUUGUGAGUCCGAAGUGAACACAUCCUCAGUGACUGUUGCUGGAGACUGUGCUGCUAUUACUGCCCACACUCCUCAGAGUAUUAUGAUGUGCUGCAGCCUAGGCAAUUCUACUCAUGAUGCUGUGUAGACUCUGCUAUAAACAUUUUCACAGCUAUUAGUUUUUCCUCAUAUAUCAAUAAUCCGUUAAACUAAGAGCUCUAAGUUUUGCUCAGCGGGUCUGGGUGUGGUUUAUCAGAGAAAAACCUCCCAUUUGAAUUAGACAACUCUUGUAUCAAGAUGUACCUCUAUGUUUUUCUUAUUUGAAGGCACAGUGACUGUUUUUUUUUUUUGUUUUUUUGUUUUUUAAACCAAGCAAAACCUGUAUUUUAAGAUGUUACACUUUUAUUACAAAGAUAUUGUUUAUUUUAUCAAAGUGACAGCUGAUAAUAGUAUCCCAAAUCUAUUGGUAUCAAUGUCGGAGAAGAAAAGUUGCAUGUAUGUGCUGUGUGCAAGGUAGAUCUUAAGCUUUUUAUGAACCCAGAGAAAGGCACUUCUUUCUUUAGUAGAAAGUUUAAGUUAAAAUUGUGAAUGUCUCAAGAGUCUAUCAUUUACUACUAUCAGAGGAAGAGAGUCUAUUUCAGUAUUUAUGUUAACAGACUCUGAAGUGGCAUGAAUGUACUGUAAAAUUCAGCCCAAAUUAUCUUGACAAAGGUAAUACUCUCUGUUGGCACUCCCUCUGCUGGUCAGAAUGGAGAGUGACACAAUAACCUUGAGGCCUUAAUAAAUCCUUUCUCUACAUCUAUUUAAUUAAGUUGAUAAAGGUAUUUUUUUUCUGAACUUGCUGUACUCUUCCCCUGUAUGCUUGUAAAGGUAAAGAUACAUAUGAUAAAAUGAAGAAAUUAAGCCAAAUUGAUAUGAUUUUGUACUGAUUUAAAUACUACUUUACUUUAAUACUUUUAAUGAGCACACAUUUACAAUCUUAUGUUCUGUUCAUACCAAAUAGGUGGAUAGUCUUUUGCUGCAGUUUGUGACUACUUGAAAUGUUUACAAUGUCCUUUUUCACCUGAAGGGUUUUGGCCAGAACUUGGAUAAUGGUCAGUUUUAAGUAUUCUAGUCUUUAGUUUAUGUUUCUAAUAGGCCUAUGCAUGCACCUAAUCUUCAUUUCAUUGCUUUACCUUUAAGUGUCACUUCACCAUCCAUCCUUUUGAUAAUUUACAAAUAUUGACAAUAAUCUACUCUUUUGAACCAGAAAACCAAAAUGGUCAGUGAAUAAAGUAAUGUCCAUUUCCAAUGACCUCACUUUGAUUUCUGUUUUUAAUGUUACUUCUGCACUAGAAUUUUUGAGGUCCUCACCCUAAUUGUGCCUAAAGUUUCUAUGCUCUGUAUUCUGCAACCACCUAAGACUAUUUCACAUCUGUGGCCUAGAAUGUCUUGACUCUUAAAAUAAAGAUUUAUUUUUCUGUUUUGUA